CAGCUUCCCUGCGACUCCCGGGUCCGGCCCUUUUGGAGGAGGAGGGGGGGUGGGGGGUCAAGGACCGGGCCUAGGAGCCUCGCGCGUGUCUGAGCAGCUUGGCGCGCGGGGUGAGGGCCAGGGCCCGGGCGGCGCGCGGGGGCUGCAGGAAGCGGGGGCGGCAGGGGCUCGGCCCCAGCUCCGCGGUGGUGGAGACACCCGGAAACGGAUUCCGCUUCGGUGGCCGCGCGAGCCGGGCGCCUCGGAGGGAGGCGGGCGGCCGGGCGGCUGCUGAGUAAUCCCCGCGGCGGCGGGAGGCGGCGGCCCGGGCGCCCACGUCCCCCGCCGCGCUGCAGCCGGGCCCCGGCUCCUCCCUCCGCGCCCCGCCCGCCGGCCCGCCGCGCCCCUCCCCCGCGCCCGCUCCGCCGCGCUCCGGGCAGGUAGAGCCGGGCUCCGGGCGCGCGCGGGAACCGCAGCGGCUGCCGCCCCACCUCGCCCCGGCCCCGCGCAGAGCCCCGCGCGCCCAUGGCUGGCUCGGAGCAGCAGCGGCCGCGGCGGCGGGACGAUGGAGACGCGGCGGCGGCGGCGGCGGCGCCCCUGCAGGACGCGGAGCUGGCCCUCGCCGGCAUCAACAUGCUGCUCAACAACGGCUUUAGGGAGUCGGACCAGCUUUUCAAACAAUACAGAAAUCAUAGCCCAUUAAUGAGUUUUGGAGCCAGCUUUGUCAGUUUUUUGAAUGCCAUGAUGACCUUUGAGGAAGAGAAAAUGCAGUUGGCAUGUGAUGACUUGAAGACUACAGAAAAGCUGUGUGAAAGUGAAGAGGCUGGAGUAAUUGAAACUAUCAAGAAUAAAAUUAAGAAGAAUGUUGAUGUCCGAAAAUCCACCCCGUCUAUGGUUGAUCGGCUUCAGAGGCAGAUAAUCAUAGCUGACUGUCAAGUGUACUUGGCUGUGCUCUCGUUUGUAAAGCAAGAAUUGUCAGCAUAUAUAAAAGGUGGGUGGAUCCUUAGGAAAGCCUGGAAGAUUUACAAUAAAUGCUAUUUGGACAUCAAUGCCCUCCAGGAGCUGUAUCAGAAGAAGCUAACGGAAGAGCCUUUGACUUCUGACGCUGCAAAUGAUAACCACAUUGUGGCUGAAGGGGUGUCUGAGGAGUCUCUGAACAGACUGAAAGGUGCUGUGAGCUUUGGAUAUGGCCUUUUUCACCUUUGCAUAUCCAUGGUGCCCCCAAACCUGCUCAAAAUCAUCAACCUGCUGGGUUUUCCUGGAGACCGCCUACAGGGGCUUUCUUCACUGAUGUAUGCAAGCGAAAGUAAGGACAUGAAGGCCCCUUUAGCUACACUAGCGCUGCUCUGGUAUCACACUGUAGUCCGCCCGUUUUUUGCCUUGGAUGGCAGUGAUAACAAAGCCGGCCUGGAUGAAGCCAAGGAAAUUCUUCUCAAAAAAGAAGCUGCUUAUCCAAAUUCUUCCCUCUUUAUGUUUUUCAAGGGACGCAUACAACGAUUAGAGGUGCUCUCUCCAGGUGCUGGUGGCAUCAGAUCGGCAGACUUUGAAAGAGAUCUUUCAUGGAAGGAAAAACUAAAUGUAUUUAACCAGGAAAAGUGUCAGAUCAACAGUGCCUUGACUUCCUUCCAUACUGCUCUGGAGCUUGCAGUAGACCAGAGAGAAAUCCAACAUGUGUGUCUGUAUGAAAUUGGUUGGUGCAGCAUGAUAGAGCUGAAUUUCAAGGAUGCGUUUGAUUCCUUUCAGAGGCUAAAAAAUGAGUCCAGGUGGUCCCAGUGCUAUUACGCCUAUUUAACUGCGGUUUGUCAGGGAGCCACCGGUGAUGUGGAAGGGGCACAGAUUGUCUUUAAAGAAGUUCAGAAACUCUUCAAAAGGAAAAACAAUCAGAUUGAACAGUUCUCAGUGAAAAAGGCAGAGAGAUUUCGGAAACAAACCCCAACCAAAGUGCUGUGUGUGCUGGCGUCCAUCGAAGUGUUGUACUUAUGGAAAGCCCUCCCCAACUGCUCUUUCCCCAACCUACAGAGGAUGAGUCAAGCUUGCCAUGAAGUGGAUGAUUCAUCUGUCGUUGGAUUAAAGUAUUUGCUUCUUGGUGCCAUACACAAAUGUCUAGGGAACUCAGAAGAUGCUGUUCAGUUCUUUCAGCGAGCUGUUAAAGAUGAGUUGUGUCGUCAAAAUAACUUAUAUGUUCAGCCAUAUGCUUGCUACGAACUUGGUUGUCUUCUGUUAGACAAACCAGAGGCUAUAGGAAGAGGCAGAAGUCUUCUUCUUCAAGCAAAGGAGGAUUUCUCUGGCUACGACUUUGAAAACAGAUUGCAUGUCCGCAUCCAUGCUGCUCUGGCCUCGAUGAGGGAAUUGGUUCCUCAGUGACAGACCUGAAGUUCCUGCUCUGUCCCUCCCCACACAGGUUCUGCACUUUAAAAGCAGAGGACACAGCCCUUAUGAAGAUCAGCUUUUCUUCUGAAAACUACCUGGGCCCGGGACACAUUUUCUCAUUUAGGCUGACGUAUUAAAAGAUCUCCUCUUUUAAACACAUGGCUAAAAAGUAAUAUUAAUGAUAAUAAUAGAGAUGGUAACUAACCACCUGGGGAGAGGGGUAAGUGCCCUUGUUCAGACAUUUUAGUUUUGUGAUUUAUUAUUUUUAAAAUAAAAUUAAAUAUUCAACC